AUGCCUGAAGAAGACGUCGUGUUAUUGACGCAGGCUCCUUCCGAGUCGUGGUUCGAAGGGUUCGUGGUCCGUCCGAAUGGCAAAGUUUUGGCGACACGGUUAGACAAGCCUGAAUUAUACACAUUCAUGGCCGGCGACCAAGACGCCGUUCCUCAGCUGGUGUGCACACUGCCCGACUGCAACUCACUUGUCAAUAUCUGCCCUAUACCGGAUUGCGAAGACGAGUAUUUCGUCCUCUGCAGCACUGCUGACCUCGAGUUAGUCAGUCAUACAGAUGUCUGGCUCUGGCGUGUAGUUAUGGGGAGCGACGAUAGCAUUCCGCCCAAGACAAUCCGUGUCACGAGUGUACAAGAUGAUGGGUAUUGCCUAGGUGUGAGGGCCGUAUCGGACCGUGUUCUUCUCCUACCCGACGGGAGAACGGGUUGCAUAUGGCAACUGGAUACACAUACGGGCAAAAAGACGAUGUUUGCCGAUGACGAGUCAAUGAAGCGCGGUACUGGAGAAGGGUUCUUCGGUGUGAACCGGCUACAGAUUGUUGGGGACUUUGUCUACUUUACGAACUCGGGCGGCGGCACGCUAUGUCGGCUGCCGGUGGAGUUGGAUGCAUCACAGCCUGAGAUAGCGAUCCGCCUAGCAGGCCCGGUACAGACCAUCGUCGAUGAUCUGCCUUCGCAUUUAGACGGGAUGGCCGUUGCGCCGGACCAGACGCACGCUUACGUGGCAAGUCACAUCGACGGUCACCUGCACAAGGUGCAGAUCGAUUCGGCGGCAGGAAACGGAACAUCCCAUGUCAUUAUGAGCAGUCUGGAUAGCCCCACGGGCCUUAACCUCGUCUCCCAUCCCACCGAUCCGAGCAAGUCAAAGCUCUACAUCGUGUGCUGCGGAGAGAUCGAGGUGGCCUGGAUGCCGAGAGAAGACAACCCGUGGGAGGCCAUUCGGGACAUCAAUUCGGCUGUCAAGGUUACCGUGACGGAAGAAGUCGUGGAAACGACGAGCGUAGCAUGCUCUUGA